AUGAAACACUUCGUAGGAAAACCCAGCAAUAUCACAUCUAGGAUUUACGACCAGUUAAGUAACCUUAGAUGUAAGAACCUUGGAGAAUACCGGUGGUAUGAAGAUGUAUUCACCACCCGUGUCACGCAUAGAAGCGAUUGUAACUCUCCAUUUUGGAAGGAGAAGUUUAUCAAUGGCUUACCCACAUUGUUUGGACAGAAGGUCAAAGAAACUCUUGCUAGCCCUUUAGGUGUCGUAGAUUAUGAUAAUCUAACCGAUGGAGACAUCUCAAGCACAAUCCGAAAUGAAGGAAUGAAGAUGUGUAGAGAUCUCAAAAUCCAGAGUCAAUCCAACAAGAGCAAAGCCAAAAAAUCCAAACACAAAGGAGGAGAACCCUCUGAGAAAUCCCAUAGGAAGAAAACAACCUCCAAGCAUUAUAGAAAACAGAAGUUCAAGACUGAUGAUUUCUAUAAGAAAGGCAAAUCCAAGUCCACAGGAAAAUUCAUACCUAAAGCAUCAGGAAAAUGUUUUAAGUGUGGAAAGAAAGGUCAUUUACAGAAAGAGUGUGAAGCUAAGGCCAAAACCCUUAUCAACACCCUUAUUAGUGACCAAACCAGUAAGGAAGAAAUCUUCAAACUCUUAGAACUUGACCACUCUAAAAGUGAGUCCAGCACUCGAGAGAAAUACCAGCUAUAUAGAACAUCCUCUGAAACCUCUAGAGUAUCUUCUAGCUCCUCUAGUGACACAGAUGAAAUCCUAGCUUGCCAAGAUAGUUGUUGCAAAAACAAGACUAUCAGUGUUCUUUCUAAGCAAGAAGAGCUGCUCUUAGAUCUCAUAGAACAGAUCGAAGACCCAGUUAAGAAAGCUCAAAGACUUAGUGAGUUCCACAAAACCCUAGUUAAGGAAGCCAGUACAUCCAAACCUAAGAUUCAGGAACCCAAAGUUGAUUUGAAAAAAAUCUACAAUAGGUUUACCAAAUCCAAGAAAGAGAUAACUGUCCAAGAUCUCUAG